GCCAGCAGUCUGGGAUACGGUUGCACAGACCUCUGGAAAGAUGAAGACUCUGUUGGUUGCCUUGCUGGUGGCUAUCUUAUGCGCCGGAAAAGCCCACUCCUUUUUUUGCUACAGGUGCGAAAAUGAGCCUUCCAACUGGAACUGUUUAAAACCAUAUAAGUGCUCAGAACAGGAUCAGUUCUGUACCACAGUCACUUCCACUGCAGGAACGGGCAAGAACUCCGUGUACCAGCUUAGCAAGAGAUGCACCCCAACCUGUACAGAGAGCUUCAUUGACACAGGCCUGACGAGCGUUUCCACCAAGUGCUGCAGCACUUCCUUCUGCAACAUCAGCGGGGCCACCAGCAUCAAGACCAGCGGCCUGCUGAUGGCCGUGGGUGUCCUGGCCAGUUUUUUCUACAUCUUCCAAUCCGUCUUGUGAGGAAGCGCUGUGGAGCAAAGGUCACAGUUCUCCUUUCAAAAACUGUCAAAUGUCGCUCCCCCUUUCCCUUGUUCGAGAUCAGGAAUCCCGCCGUGGACGGCAAAGCCCCCCCCCCAAAGCAUCGUGGAAGGGCUU